ACUCGUAUCACUGAGCCACUAGUGUCAGUAGCGUCGGGACAUACGAACAGACAGCACGCACAAACAUGCCUUGCUUAAAGAUCUUAACAAAUAUUCCUAUCAGCCAAGUACCGAAGGAUUUCGUCAGCAAAAUUCUGCCCUUGCUAUCUAAAGUUGUCAGAAAACCAGAGGAUAAAUUCCUAUGCGUGGUGUCAGGUGACUGCCACAUUUCCUUCGCUGGAGAGACAUCGGUUCCUAGCGCCGUAGCCACCCUCGAGUCUAUCGGCAAUCUAGGAGUUGAGGAGAACAAAGUUAUCACCAGAGAAGUCACUGCUUUCAUCGAGAAAGAACUUGGAAUACCACCAAAUCACUUCUUCUUGUCGUUCUACGAUCUCAAGGGACAGGAUAUUGGUAAAGGAGGAGUGACAAUGGCUUAGACAAUGUUUGUUGGCUCUUUCGCCAAAGAUCAAAAUGCAUUUAUUCUGACUUCUUUAGAAGUUGACUAGACUUAAGUGAACUGGUUGCGAUUGUGAAUAAAAUAGGCAAAUGUUGAAUUACCUAAUUAAAUUUGUUAAAUUGUUGCUGUAAUUUAUUUUAAUCCACAUAAAAUAUAUGAAGUUUUAAACA